AUGGAAAUGCUGAAACACUCUAUCCUAGAUCAUCCUUUGCCAUCAAUUGUACUGGUGAUGUCUGUAAAGGAGAUGUUGUUUUGUUUACACAGAAAGUAUACAAGAAGUUUAUAUCCAAACAGGUUUGGAAAGAGAACUAUUGCUGGGAGAGUUGUUAAGGAAAGCUAUGGUGCUGCCAAACAACAACAUACAUUUACACAUGAGGUGACAUUGGAUGAAAUUUCAACAUUAUGCUGUUUGAAAGAUGGAUACCCUUGUUAUGGUUAUAAUAUUGUUAUCUUCACUCUAUUUAUCCUUGUUUCUAUGAUCGGUAAAAUACAUCCUUUUCAGACUUUGAUUAUGAUAUAUGUAUUACUAUUGUUCAAUGAACUGACUGAAAUGUUAAAACUAUUUCCAAAUAUUCAGUUACAAUCUUUAAAGUAUCUAUCUGUGGCUGAUCCUAUUCCUAUAAAGAUGUGCUUCAUCUCAAGUUAUUAA